CCUCACAAGAAGAAGAAACCUUUCAUAGAGAAGAAGAAAGCAGUAACAUUUCAUUUAGUACACAGAAGUCAGAGGGAUCCACUUGCUGCUGAUGAUACUGCACCCCAGAGAGUUCUGCUGCCUACGCAGAAAGGUCAUGAGGAGCGAAGGAGGGAGGAGCAGCGGAAGUACGGAGUCUUCUUUGAUGAUGACUAUGACUAUCUUCAGCAUCUGAAAGAAGCCUCUGGUCCCUCUGAGCUUGUCCCUUCUGUGCGUGGGCAGCAAAGCAGAAUUGUUGUCACAAGUGAGGGGCGCAUAGAAGAUGAAAUUCAGCGAGUUCCAGCUCCAACUAUUAAGUUGCCUUCCUCAGUAUUUGCCACAGAGUUUGAAGAAGACGUGGGCUUGUUAAAUAAAGCUGCUCCUGUUUCAGGACCACGGCUAGACUUUGACCCUGAUAUUGUUGCAGCUCUUGAUGAUGAUUUUGACUUUGAAAAUCCAGAAAACAUCCUGGAAGAUGAUUUUGUUCUACAAGCAAAUGACCCACAGAAGGGGGGAUCAGAUGCUGAGGAUGAAGAUGAGUGGGAAGAUAUGGAGGAUGACAGUGAUGAAAAGGAUAGUUGCAGUAAUGAUAAAGACUAUGAUUCAGAAGGGCCUUUAUCAGAUGAUGGGAUUAAUGGACAGAUGAAAGAAUUUCUUUUUAUGCAAGAAGAAACCAGGAGUCGUUUCACAGAGUAUUCUAUGACAUCUUCAGUAAUGAGAAGGAAUGAACAGUUAACCCUGUUGGAUGACAGAUUUGAGAAGUUUUUUGAACAAUUUGAUGAAGAUGAAAUUGGAGCCUUGGAUAAUGUGGAGUUAGAAGGCUAUAUUAACACAGACAAUGCUCGGUUGCAGGAAGUCCUGAAUGAUUACUACAAAGAGAAAGCAAAAAAUUGCGUGAAAUUGGAUACUCUUGAACCUUGUGAAGAUUUAGACUCUCCUGUGAACGAAGAAAGUGAGGAAGAGAAGGAAGAAAUAGUAACUGUAGUUGUUGAGGAACCAAAAGAAAAAUGGGAUUGCGAAUCCAUUUUGAGUACCUAUUCAAACUUAUAUAAUCACCCAACCCUUAUUAAGGAGCCAUCAAAGCCCAAGCCAAUAAAAAUUUCCCAGAAGACUGGAAUUCCUCUACAUAUCUUGCCUCAGAAAAGUCUUACUGCUAAGCAGAUUGAACGCAUGCAAAUGAUUAAUGGCAGCGACCUGCCAAGAGCAUCAACACAGCCACGUUCCAAAGAUGAGAGCAAAGAGGAUCGCAAAGCUAGAAAACAGGCAAUAAAAGAGGAGCGAAAGGAACGCAGGAUGGAAAAGAAAGCCAACAAGCUCGCCUUCAAGUUGGAGAAAACAAGGCAAGAGAAGGAGUUACUCAAUCUGAAACAGAAUGUUCAAGGACUGAAGCUGUCUUGAUGAAACUGAGGAACUUUCUGUGGAAACAACCUCAAGUUUUCAUUUGUAUUGAGAAAGGAACUGCUAGCUCGUAGCUUUGCCAGUCAUGCUUCAAGGGGGUUAUUCAGAUACUACUGUAACAAGAACCAGUACCUUGUCAUUCUUUCUGAACUGCAGUUAUACAUAAAACAAUGUAUUAGUGAUGUCUAUUCUGUCAUG